AUGGUCCCGAACCAACACACAUAUGGAUCGCCACAUCAACAUCACCAGCCGCAGCAUACAAUAGGAUCGGCAUGGCUUCCUGAAGGCGAGAAUGGACAAAACGGGAGCAAGACCUAUUCGUUCGUACCGUUGUCAGGCGUAAACACAAAAAAGCGACCCCGCCGACGAUUCGAUGAGAUCGAGCGACUUUAUGUCUGCAACUGGGGAGAAUGUGAGAAGGCGUAUGGAACUCUCAACCAUUUGAACGCGCAUGUAAACAUGCAGAAGCAUGGACCUAAGCGACACCCGUCUGAAUUCAAGGAGCUUCGAAAGGCGUGGAGACGUCAGAAGAAGGCGGAGGAAGAGGCCGCAAAGCAGGCAGCAGCGGCGUUCCACCAACACCAGAACCAGCAACAGAACCACAACCAAUUCCAGCUCUGCGAUCCCAUGUUGGCGAAUAUGCAGCAGCCCCACCCUAUGGCAGCGAUGCAUCACCCGAUGUCGCACCAUCAACCGCACCAGCUUCCUCACCCACAUGCGCACCCAAACCAACAUUCACACCAUCACUCGCAAGGACAAUUGCAUCAUCACCAUCCCAUGGGAUUUUAG